AUGACGAAGUGACAUACCAAAUAAAUUAAAAAUAAUUUUGAAUACUUUAUAGUGAAAACUGCAAAGGAUUUUUGAUAUUAAAAAUCGUUAUGCUGUGUCCUGAAGCUUAUCUAGUGCAAAACGAGACCAUUCCUAAAGAAGAUGAUGAAACGUGCAUGAAGAAAAGUAAAAAGAUACCUGCUGAAGGUUCAGGAAGCUUAGAAUUAAACUCUUAUAAAAAUCCCAAAACUUGGAAGAAGUCUAUAUCCAAUUUCUUUCGCAAUCAGCUUCGUCCAACUAAAUCUAAUGACGGCGAUCGGCCGUCUGGAAGUAAAGAAAAUUUUGAAGAUAAAGAAAUGAGUCCAGAACAAAAAUGGCAGUCUUUAGGGAAAAUAUUUAGACGUCAAAGUUUUGAACACUGGAACAAGUCGUCAAAUCAGCAAGGGGAAUGUUCAUCUCAGAACAAACGUAUUGCUGUUAAAAAAGUAUUGUCUAGCUACUUUGGUAAAAUCAAAUCUGCUACUGGUGGUACUAAUGAUAAAUGAAAUUAUGAGUAAAUAAA